AUGGUGCUGGGCCGCGGCUUGCUUGGCCGCCGGAGCCUCACUGUCCUAGGAGACUGCGCUCUUCGCGGCCUGGGUAGGUGUGCGGCAGGCGCCCUCUUCUGUCACAGCGGCCUCAGGAAGAGCGCGGUGAUCACUCAGGCCACCAUGAAGGUGGAGCUGCUCCCCGCCCUGACCGACAACUACAUGUACCUGAUUGUUGAUGAGGACUCCAAGGAAGCUGCCAUUGUGGACCCGGUGCAGCCCCAGAAGGUGGUGGACGCCGUGAGGAAGCACGGUGUGAAGCUGACCACUGUGCUUACCACCCACCACCACUGGGACCAUGCUGGCGGGAACGAGAAGCUGGUGAAGCUGGAACCCGGCUUGAAGGUGUUUGGGGGAGACGACCGAAUCGGGGCCCUGACGAACAAAGUCACCCACCUGUCAACACUGCAGGUGGGGUCUCUCAGCGUCAAAUGCCUGUCAACACCAUGUCACACUUCUGGACACAUCUGCUACUUGGUGAGCAAGCCGGGCAGCUCGGAGCCUUCCGCCGUGUUCACAGGUGACACCUUAUUCGUGGCUGGCUGUGGGAAGUUCUAUGAAGGGACCGCAGAUGAGAUGUACAAGGCUUUGCUGGAAGUUCUAGGUCGGCUGCCCCCAGACACGAAAGUGUACUGCGGUCACGAAUACACCGUCAACAACCUCAAGUUUGCCCGUUAUGUGGAGCCCCACAACACCGCCAUUCAGGAGAAACUAGCUUGGGCCAAGGGCAAGCACGCGGUCGGGGAGCCCACAGUGCCGUCCACCAUCGCUGAGGAAUUCACCUACAACCCGUUCAUGAGAGUGAGGGAGAAGAGCGUACAGCAGCACGCGAGGGAGACGGACCCCGUGACCACUAUGAGGGCCAUCCGCAAAGAGAAGGACCAGUUCAAGGUGCCGCGGGACUGA